GAACUCCACCGAAUCACUCUUUACAGCAGAAGAAGCUGGAAACAACAACUGAGAGAGAGAGAGAGAGAGAGAGAGAGAGAGAUGGGUUUGGAGGCAGUGGGUGAUCUAGCGCUACACAUAAUCCUGCGCAAGUUAGGAGCUGAAGAGUCAGGGAGAGCCGCCUGCGUCAGCAAGCAACUCAGAGCUUCGGCCUCUGAAGAACCUCUUUGGUCCCAUUUCUGUGCCCAGGAGCUCCACCUCUCACAACCCUUGGAUCCUCAUGGCAACCUUGCUCCUUCUUUCAAGGCAUGUUAUCAAUCAUGGCGGGAAUCUUUUCAUAUGUAUCCUUGGUCCCUUGUCAAGCGAGUCAAAAGGUGUUGGGGCAAAAUUACCAACUGGCUGACUCUUAAUUUCCCAGAGGCUCAGUCUACGCUCAACAAAGGUGCAUCAGAAGCUGACAUUCAAGAGUUGGAGAAGACAUUGAAAGUAAAACUUCCUCUCCCAACCAGGAUUCUCUAUCGUUUUCAUGACGGUCAAGAUUUAGAGGACAAGAAUUGGCGGUCAAGUAGCCGAAAUGGCACUCUACUGGGCCUCAUAGGUGGUUAUUCUUUUUAUGACCGCAUGGUAAAUGUCUGCUUGUUGCCUUUACAUCACAUAGUCUUAGAAACAAAGGACAUCAUGGAAACGCUUGAUUUUUCGGAUUAUAUUGUUGUGGCUGCUUCUACUACACAUAGCCAAAAGUUGUUUUUCCUCAACUGUACAAGUGGUCAACUCUAUGUUGGUACGGCCAACCUUCUGCUUGAUGGUGAAAUGCUUCCUUGUGUACCGAAUGCGUUGCUUAAUUCAGUUCAUGAUCGACAGCAGGAUGCCAUGCUUCUUUGGUUGGAAGAACACGGCCGCCGUCUAGAAAAUGGAAUUAUUAAACUCCGUGAACAAGAAACUAUGAGAAGCAUCUGUCAGUUUCCAGAGGAACCCCCUUUCUGUUCCACUGCCGUAACAAGUGGCGUACAGGUUCGUUGUUCUUCCGUCUUUGUCCCGGAGUUUACUAAUCUUCAAGAUACCAUCCAGAAGUACUUUUUUUCCUAUUCAAUUCGCAUGUCUCUUCUACCUGAAGGAUGUAGCAUCAAUGGAAUGACAUUCAACUCUUGCCAACUGCUUUCGAGGCACUGGGUCAUUCGUGCUGGUGAUGUUGUGGUAGGUAAUGUAAAUGCAGAGGCUGUUAUAGGAAAGUACCCUCUCUUGCGUCCAGGUGAGCCAGAAUUUGUAUAUGAGAGUUGCACGCCGCUGCCAUCUUUGUCAGGUUCUAUAGAAGGUUCUUUUGUGUUUGUCCCGGGCAGGUUGGCGGACCCAAAAGGCAGAAGAUUUAGAGUUCAAGCUGCAUGCUUUCCCCUCCAGCUGCCAGACUACAUCUUCUGAUAAUCAGAGUUCCUGAUCCACAUGUUUUAUGUGGGAACUUGAUCACACUGAUCAUAAAGUAGUGAUAUAUUUCUCCUUUUCUAUUUAAUGGUAAAUAUUACCACGAAAAUUCUCUCUGAUGCUUGUACUUUUCUGGACAUUUUGGCUAAGAUCCAAGUGUGUUGUGACUAUUAUCUGGUAUCAGUUUCAGUACAUUAUCUUUUAAGCUGGAA